AUGGCUCAUGGUUGUCCCUAUUUCGACAUUGACUACGUUCCCCUUUCUGAAUACAUCCCUCCGCUCGGGGUGUCAGUUGAUAAUGACACAUGUGAUGAUUUUAAUAUCAUCAAGGUCCAUGGGGCAAACAGAUACGGUAUCCUGCUAAAAAUUAUUCAAGCUAUGAGCGAUUUAGACCUCAUCAUCUCAAAGUCCUACAUUUCAUCGGAUGGCAGUUGGUUCAUGAAUUCUUUUCAUGUUACCGAUCCCCAAGGUCACAAAAUUAAAGAUUUCAAUCUCAUACAAUAUAUGCAAGAUUCUCUCAAUCUCGUUCAAAAAGAAAAAGGAUCUUGCAGCACAACUCAGGUCAAAAUCAGAAACGGCAACAUAGUCACUGUUAACCAUUUUGGCUCCGAUUGCGCCACCCUUGAAAUUACAUUCUUUGAUCGCCCGGGAAUCUUCUCUGAGAUUUGCACCUUGCUUUUCGAGCAUUCUUAUUUCGUAGACUCGGGCGAUUUAUGGACCUAUAAUGGAAUUGCCGCUUGCGUCCUCUAUAUAAAAGAGCAAGACAAUGUAGGGCGACACAUCAUGGAUGAAGAUAGAUUGGAUUAUUUGGGAGAGUAUGUGGCGAGCAUUUUAGAUGCACGACACUCUCCUGGUGAGCUAUUUACAGUGGAAAUAAAAAACCCCCCAGAUCGUCAAAUUCAUACGGAGCGUCGAUUACAUCAAAUGAUGAAUAAGUAUAUGGAUUAUGAUGUCAAAACAUUAUCAUUAUCAAUCAAGAGUGAUCAAUCGACCUUGGCUACCACUAAGGAAGCUAAAAGGAAUUUUGGAGGUGUUGCUGAAGGCAAUGUGGAGCGCUUGCCACAAGUUUUGAUUGAGAACUGGCAAUAUAGAGAUUACUUGGUUUUGAAUGUGAGUAGAGAUCGACCUAAGCUUAUAUUUGAUAUAGUGUGCACUCUGACAGAUCUUAAUUAUGAUAUAUUUCAUGGCUCCAUUUGCUCUGAAGAUGAUGUGAUAGUUCAGAAUCAGAGCUCAAGAAGAACACCAAUCGUGGUUUAG